AUGUCUCUGCCCGAUAUCGACUCCAUCCCUCCCGGAUCCACCGUGCCUCUGGACCAGCUGUCGUCCAUGUUUGCGACUCUGUCCACCAACAACGGCCUCGACCUCGGCCAGCUGUCCGGCCUGCUGGCCCAGGAGUCCACCCAGGGCGGCUCGUCCCCCACCUCCGUUGUCGUGGCCGCCUCUCCCACCUCUGAGGCCCCCGCCGCCAACACCCCCGAGGCCUCCCCCUCCAACAACAACAACAACGGUGGCCUGGGCCCCUCCCAGUCUCUGGUCGAUAACGGCCCUGGCUUCCAGUCGUCUCUCCAGGCCCUGCUCGGCACCUCGGUGACCCUCGAGGUCCCUACCGCCGGCUCCAACACUGGAAACGCCUCCCCCUCUGCCUCCAACGGCGGCUCCGACGGAGGUGACUCCGGCUCCUCUCCCUCGGCCACCAUCACCGGCUCCCCCACCGGCGGCUCUGGAGGCUCCAACACCGGCCCCGGCUUUACCCUGCCCACCUUCCCUGCCGUGACUCUGUCGGACUCUCCCUCCGCCCCCUCCAACACCGGCGGCUUCCAGCUCGGCAACAUCUUCGAUGGCCUCUUCGGUACCAACUCCAUCGCCAUCCCCCAGUCUUGGUCCGAGCUCUUUGUCAAGACCGUGGACUGGAACACCCUGUACCACGGCUCUCCUGGUACCAUUGACAGCAGCGGCAACAUCAUUCCCAUGCCCACUGCCACCGGCUCCGAUCUGCCCGCCCCCGUGGUCACCGGCUCCGUCAUCACUCUUGUUGCAUCCCCCAUCCCCACCUCCUCUGGAGCUUCUUCUUCUUCUGGAGGAGGCAUUCUUGGCUGGAUUGGCGGUCUGUUUGGCGGCGACUCCUCGUCUACCCAGGCUCCCGUGGCCACCGCCCCCGUUGUCACCAACACCGGCGUCACCGUUGUCACCGGAACCGCCGUUGUCACCGUCACAUCUUGCAGCGAGAGCCCAUGCCCCGGCUCCCCCACUACUGCCGCUCCUUCUCCUUCCACCAUUCUGCCCCCUAACAACGGCGGUGUCCCCACCACCACCGGUCCUUCUCAGGCCAACGGCGCCGGCAACCUCCAGGUUGUUGUCCCUCUUCUGGCUGUUCCCCUUCUUGCUUUGCUGUAG